AUGGAGCAACAACCAGAGAGGAAAAUCCCUGAGGAGUCUCUUCACAACAAAGUGAUCAGAUAUAUGCUCUCUUUACUAGGCAUUGGAGGCAUUUCACUUAUGAUUGUUAUUGCUGCUAUUGUUGGAUCUACUGAUGACGAAUGCAAUGACGACCCUCUUAAAGAAUGACUCAUAAUAUUAGCAAUAUUUUUACCUUUUCCUUCUUUAGCAUUGAUAAUCGUGGAGAUUUUCUUUUAUAGAAGCUUGAUAAGGCCUUUUUACAGAAAUUUGUAUUAUCUCUUCCUAAUAAUAUCUCUCUUUGUGAUUUUUAUAUGGAUGGCAAUUGGGUGUUACUUUUUGAGGGAUGAUUAUUCGUGUCUUAUCAAGUACGAGGAUGGAUAUGAUCUUUCUUUAAGCUUAUUCGUCAUAUUUUUUAUGUUUGGAGCUUUUAUGAUUGCGAUUUUAGCGUUAGGGAUACUAUUCAAGGCGUUUGAGGAUAAACAGCACUAUGAAGAACUUCCUUAG